AUGGUGCACCAGGACGAGGAGCUGCCGCAGGCAUGGUGGUUCGACAGCCACAACCUCGCGAGGCCAUCUCCAUGGCUGAACAGCACGCUUUCAGAGCUGGAUGACAGGACCAAGCAAAUGCUGAAGCUGAUCGACCAAGACGCGGACUCGUUCGCCCAGCGUGCUGAGAUGUACUACAAGAAGCGGCCGGUGCUGGUGGACAUGCUGGGCGACCUGUACCGCACGCACCGCUCGCUGGCGGAGCAGUACGACCUGCUGAAGCACGGCAGUGGCACGCGGCACACGGUGUUCGGCCUGUCCUCCUGCACACAGAGCCGGUCUCAGGCGUCCUCGACCAACGGCAAGACCACGCCUCGCUCCUCCUGCUCGGCGUCCAUGUACGACUCGGAGUCUGAAGUCGAUGACCCCGAGCUAGAUGAAGACGAGGCAGAGCAACUGGCGUGUGCGGGGAUCACCAAGACGGAGCCGCCGUCGUCGCCGGAGCAGCAGCAGCAAGAGCGUGAGCAGGUGGAGCAGCAGAUGCGCGCGGAGAUCGAGAGUCUCAAGGCGCAGAACGCGGCGCUGCAGAAGGCUGCCGAGGAGAACGCGGCAGCGCUCAGGGCGGAGCUCGCCGCGAAGGACGAGGAGAAGAGGGAGGUGAUCAGGCAGUUGGCGUCGUCCAUGGACGUGAUGAGGCAGGAGAACCUGACGCUGCGCGAGCACAUCGUCAGGGGAUCAUCGUCCAAGUAUUCCUCAUCUGCACCCCGCGCCGCGGCGUUCGAUCUCAGGAAGGUGGCCAGGGGCCUCUUCACCGCGAGGCUCUUCACCGCGCACUGCAGGCCUACGGGCCCUAUCGUCGCGCUCUGA